AUGUACGCUUUAUCGUCCUUCACGAGAGGUACAGGGAGAAGCCCUUCUCUCAAGGACCCAAACCGAAUGGCCAUUUACGAGGAGAUUCAUAUCACGAGCCCUGCUGGCUGUUGCACGAAAGACCCUCCCCCUCAUCGGCUCGAGAGUGCCGUGGGUUAUCCGUACCUGGGGCUUGCUACGAUAAACUCGAGUGAAAGUCACUCAAUUGGUGCUCGAACUCGCGUCAGUGGAAAGUUACCCACCAAACCUCGUACUUUGGAAUUCGUGAUCUUGAACGUCAGCGAGGUCCUCAUCCGCAACAUCAAAGAAAUCUGUCAUGGCGCCAGCUUCCAGGACGAGAGAUUCCUGGCGGGCGUCCGUUCCAUACCAGCAGAACGACGCGACUCUGAUCAAAACAACUCCAACUCACCCACGAGACUCAUCCGCUUGCUUUGCACAUGUAUUACAAAAACACGCUAUCUGACUAUGCAUUCCAGACUCGACGUUGGUUUGGUGAUCCACCCCAUGGUCAAGUGCUGCUCUUCGCUCUAG